GUAGAAUUUCUCCUCCUUCGCAUGAGCUCACUGCUUACAUCUCCCUCUCUCUCUGCCUCUCAUGAUUGCAUGCACACCUUCUAUAUGUGAUUAUAUAAAUAUGCUGAAUUGAAUUGAAAUGAAAUGGUAAAGCUCGAAACCCUAGCUCCGAACCAGAGGUCAAAAGAUGGCUUGUCUGACAAACGACAAUCGGUUCGCUCUGAUCCGAAUGGUGUCGACCCGAAACAAGGAAGAUGCUUCUCCUCUCUCAAACGAUUACGGACCCAUGAGUGAGUUCCUUCUGGAGAAGGUUUUCCCUGUUUAUGCAGUCGGAGUCUCAGAACCCGACCCGAAUCUGGUCGUCUCCCUCGCGAAUUCGGGCCGUGGAGUUGGGGACCCUAUUUGGGAUGCUGUCCGUCAUGAAGCCAAGUCUGAGGCAGACAAGGAGCCCAUAUUAAGUAGCUUUCUUUAUGCCAGUAUUUUGUCACAUGAUUGCUUAGAGCGGGCGUUAGGCUUUGUUCUUUCCAAUCGGCUGCAAAGUCUCACACUUUUGGCAACACAAUUGAUGGAUAUAUUCUGUGAUGUAAUAUUGCAUGAUCGAGGGAUGCAACGUUCCAUUCGAAUGGAUAUACAGGCAUUCCAGGACCGGGAUCCGUCUUGUUUGUCAUACUGCUCAGCUUUAUUGUACCUUAAGGGUUACAAUUCUUUGCAAACCCAUCGAGUAGCUCAUGCGUUGUGGAAUCAAGGGCGCAAAGUCCUUGCACUUGCAUUGCAAAGUAGAGCAAGUGAGGUUUUUGGGGUUGAUAUUCAUCCAGCUGCAAAAAUUGGAGAAGGAAUCCUUCUAGAUCAUGCCACGGGUGUAGUCAUUGGUGAAACUGCUGUCGUUGGAAAUGGAGUUUCACUAAUGCAGGGUGUGACCUUGGGAGGCACUGGGAAAGAGAUAGGGGACCGGCAUCCGAAAAUAGGCCAAGGUGUCCUUAUUGGAGCAAGUGCAACUAUCCUUGGGAACAUAAAAAUAGGAGAAGGCGCGAUGAUUGCCGCUGGUUCACUUGUAUUGAAAGACAUUCCUCCUCACAGCAUGGUGGCUGGAAUUCCUGCUAAGGUGAUUGGCUAUGUUGAAGAUCAAGAUCCGUCUUUGACUAUGAAACAUGAUGCUAGUAAAGUAUUUUUUGAACAAGUAGCUGGUAGAUUCCCCGCGGCUUGAUUCAAUCGAUUUGAUUGGUUAGUUCAUUGAAGGUUGAUACAAAUGCAUAAAGGAGGUCUCCACUCACUUCAAUUGGGGUGAAAAUGGUUUUGGGUUUUCACCUAAGUAAAUAUAAGAUGACUGUGAGGAACAAAAGAAUAAAGCUUUGUUUUAUAUACAGAAUACACAGAUUGGAUACAUCAUUCAAUCAUUUGUAUUUUGUACACACAGACUGUAAUAUCACUUCUCCCUUUUCUUGUAUAAUAUAUAUAUUUAUAGCUGAUUUAGUAUAAAAAAAGUAUGAACUUCAUCCCUGAGGCCUCCAAUCUCGUUCUAUCUUUGGUUUGCAUAUCGUGAUUGACUCCGAGUGUGAUUCGGGCCUUCCAGAUUGCUAGUUGAACUACGCUCACUGGCAAACGGUAAAAUAUCUUAUGUCGAGUAAAUGGGGAGCUUGAAAUGAUAGG